AUGUUCAUAAAGGGUGGAAGAGCGCAUCGCCAUCUACAGAACAUACCUGAGAUUUUCACCAAUCCCGUCACACGUUUAUGGCUUCCUUCUCUGCCUCCUCAACAUGACAGUGCAAUGCGAGAAACUGUCUCCGUUCGCUGGAUGGCUGGGCUCCCACCCCGCAGAUGGGUUAAGCGAGAAUGGAAAGAGAUGAAGAAGAAGAAGAAGAAGAAGAAGAAGAAGAAGAAGAAGAAGAAGAAGACAUUGAGAGAUAGAAAGGGUAAUUGCAGAGAUGAAGAUGAGAGGUGGUCAGCUUUUCUAACAAGGACUUUUGUCAUCGUUCGAUCCCCGCCCCCUUCUACAAAACCCUCAGAGCGGGAAAGCUGA